GUAACUUCACCAAAGCGCUCACUGUGACGUCACGGUGCGUGGCGGCACGCACGUAAAAACGUGAGGUAAAUAAGUAGUGACGUCACCCACGCGGAUGCCGGAACAGCGGUGGUGUUUCCGGGUGCCGAUGACAACACUUGACACGACGGAAACAUGGGGAUUUAUUUCCCCGGUUGCCUGCUUUUCUUCGCCCUUUCAACGACGGCGUUUGAAGACAAGGAGAUUUACGGGAACGGCAGUCUUCCACUGGACACCUCCCACAUUUGGCAACCUCGUAUCAGAGAGGGUCCGGGAUCACCUUCCAGGAGGGCGGAGCCUCAACGCGAAUAAAGCGCCAAAUACGUCCACGGACAUGAUUUACACCAUCGAGGACGUCCCACCCUGGCACUUGUGUAUUCUCCUGGGACUGCAGCACUACCUGACGUGUUUCAGCGGCACCGUGGCUGUGCCGUUUCUCCUGGCCGAGGCCAUGUGCGUGGGCGAAGACCAGAACACUAUCAGUCAACUGAUUGGAACCAUUUUCACCACCGUCGGAGUCACCACCCUGAUCCAGACCACAGUCGGAGUCAGAUUGCCGUUGUUCCAAGCGUCGGCUUUGGCCUUCCUGGUUCCCGCACAGGCCAUUCUCGGUUUGGACCGCUGGAGUUGUCCAAGUGAUGAGGAGAUUUACGGGAACGGCAGUCUUCCACUGGACACCUCCCACAUUUGGCAACCUCGUAUCAGAGAGAUUCAGGGCGCCAUCAUAGUGUCAAGCAUGGUGGAGGUCCUGAUUGGUCUACUGGGACUGCCAGGGAUACUGCUGGAAUACAUCGGGCCGCUCACGAUCACGCCGACCGUGUCGCUCAUCGGCCUGUCUGUGUUUACGACGGCAGGAGACCGGGCCGGUUCCCACUGGGGCUUCUCAGCACUGUGUAUUCUCCUCAUUGUACUGUUUGCUCAGUACUUGCGGGCAACUUCACUCCCUGUGCCGGUCUAUAGCAAGAAGAAAGGACUGCGGUUCACCAAAGUCUACGUCUUCAAAAUGUUUCCGAUCAUACUCGCCAUCUUGCUGGUCUGGCUGCUUUGUUACAUCUUCACCCUCACCAACCUCCUACCCUCGGACCCAAAACGUUACGGAUACAAGGCCAGGACCGACGCGCGCGGUGACAUCAUGACUUCAUCUCCCUGGUUCAGAGUUCCUUACCCCUGCCAGUGGGGGUUGCCUGUGGUAACGCUGGCGGGGGUGUUGGGAAUGCUCAGCGCAACCAUGGCAGGCAUCGUAGAGUCCAUCGGUGAUUAUUACGCCUGUGCUCGCCUCUCCGGGGCUACUCCGCCUCCGGUCCAUGCGAUCAACAGAGGAAUCUUCACAGAGGGACUGUGUUGCAUCAUCGCCGGACUUCUCGGGACUGGAAAUGGCUCCACCUCCUCCAGCCCAAAUAUUGGUGUUCUUGGCAUAACUAAGGUGGGGAGCAGGCGAGUGGUCCAGUACGGAGCGGCCAUCAUGUUGCUGUUAGGAUCCGUUGGGAAGUUCACGGCCUUGUUUGCGUCUCUGCCAGACCCCAUCCUGGGAGGAAUGUUCUGCACGCUCUUUGGUAUGAUCACGGCUGUCGGUCUGUCCAACCUGCAGCUGGUGGAUCUCAACUCGUCCAGAAACCUUUUUGUUCUGGGCUUCUCCAUGUUCUUUGGUCUGACGCUGCCAGCAUACCUGGACACACACCCCAAGUCCAUCAACACAGGUCUGGCAGAACUGAAUCAGAUCCUGACGGUCCUUCUGUCCACUGAGAUGUUUGUUGGGGGCUUCCUGGCUUUCUGCCUUGAUAACACCAUCCCAGGUUCUAGACAAGAGCGCGGUCUCCUGGAAUGGAGGUCUUUGUCGACCUCGUCCAACUCCUACGACCUUCCUGUCGGGAUGGCGCUCAUCCGGCGGGCGCGCUGCCUCAGGAACUUCCCUAUCAGCCCCACGUUCAGCGGUUGGACCUUGCCUGGUGAGAGCGAGGCGCAAGGAAAAGAGGAGGCGGAGCAAGAAAUAGUGGGGGAGGAGCUUAGACCAGAGGAGGAAGAUGAAAAGUCAACCAAGGUCUAAGGGCCUGACCUACUAAGAUCCAAACAGCAGGCACGAAACAGCAUGUACGAACUAUAAAUUAGUGUGUACUAUAAGUGUGUGGAAAGUAUAAUAUAGUGUGUACUAUAAGUGUGUGCAAAGUAUAAUAUAGUGUGCACUAUUAGUGUGUACAAACUAUAAAUGAAUGUGUACAAAGUAUAAAAUAGUGUGUACUAUUAGUGUGUACAAACUAUAGAAUAGUGUGUACUAUAAGUGUGUACAAACUAUAAACUAGUGUAUACUAUUAGUGUGUACAAACUAGGAUAUAGUGUGUAGUACACACUAUAUCAUAGUUUGUAUGAUAUAGUGUGUACUAUUGUAUAGUUUGUGUACAAACUAUAAAAUAGUGUGUACUAUAAGUGUUUACAAACUAUGAUAAAGUGUGUAGUACACAGUGUGUUGUUUUGCAAGUCACAAGUAAGUCUCAAGUCUUUGCCCUCAAGUCCGAGUCAAGUCCCGAGUCAAGACAGGCAAGCCCCGAGUCAAGUCCAAAGUCAAGACUGGAAAGUCUCAAGUCAAGUCCUAAGUCCUGCAUUUUGAGUUUCGAGUCCUUUCAAGUCCUUUUAACCACAGACUAAUAUAUUAACACAGAUUGUGUAUGCUUUUCAAACGCUGUAUUUAUUUAUUAAAACAAGUGCAUUUUAAAUUGCAGGAAAGAAAAUUGUGCUGACAUUGCACUUUAUAAUAGCACUAUUAACCAGUCAUUUUAAACAUUAACUCAUUCCUUUACAGAACAAACACAUUGAAAAAUAAAGUGCAAAUGUACUUAUUUGUACAAAAGUGUUAACAUUGAAAAAACAUGACAUAUACGUGAACAUAACAAAAAAGUUGUACUUUUUAUAUGUCAGGGCCCUAUGCUGCAUUGCAUUUGCAAAAGACCAAAUUAGCCAAGAGUCUGUCAGUCAUUUGUGCACGAUGGGGGCGUAGUAUGAUGCCACCAUGGCUGAAAACUCGCUCCACUGGAGCACUGGAGGCAGGCACUGCCAAGACUCUCAUGGCCACUCGGAACAGUGAAGGAAGAGUCUUCAUGUUCAAUGCCCAGAACAAAAGGGGGGAGAGAGUUGUUUUGGGUUGGUGCACUACUUGUAAGUGUAUCUUGUGUUUUUUAUGUUGAUUUAAUUAAAAAAAGAAAGAAAAAAAAAAAAAUUUCUUGUGCGGCCCGAUACCAAUCGAUCCACGGACCGGUGGUUGGGGACCACUGAGGUAAACAACCAACAGUAUGUCAGAAAGCUAACUAAAACGGUACACAUAUUCAUAAUAUAGUAUACAUUUUAACUGACCUUUAUUUUACUAUUUUUGUCUUUUUUUAGGUGGCUAAAAUACGCGGUGCUGCUGACCGCCGUCUAACGUUACGUGUGAUAUAUUGACUAACGUAACCCUGCUUAAAAAAAAUCACUCAACAAAAAGUAUGAAUAAGGUAGUGAACUGCAACAGAUUCCCGUGUUUGCAAUAUCGUUAUAACGUUAGCAGUGAGUUUACAGCCUCACUAAUUUAACUACACAGCAAAUAAAAGUCACGUUACAUAGCCAAUAAACGUUAUCUUACAUUCAAAACUUACCGUUCUUUGUGCAACUUCAAAUGCCGGACGAAGUUGGAAGUACGUUGUUGCCUCUCCAUCAGUAAUUUUCGAACCGCAUGUGUUGCAUACUGCAAACCGUUUUGUGUUGACCACCUCGUAAUUUUUAUACCCAAACAAAAUUAUUUUAGGUAUCAUUUUUUGUUCA